AUGUCUGGCAAACGUAUGACAGCAAAUCCAAUUAAACCAUCACGAUACCGACCUGGCAAGGCGCAUCUUGAAGAAGAUGAUUCCUCUGAUUCUGGGAGUGAUGUAGAAGAAACAUCUACCGUUGCUCCACCCCCAAAAGCUUCUACCGCAAUUGGAAUUUCCAGCAGUUCGAAUAAAGUUGACUUGAACGAAAGGAGGAAAGCUGCGGCUUUCAAAGAAAAUGCGCGAAUACAGGAAGAAAAGGCUUUAAAAGCUGCAGAAGAAGAGGGUUUUGUGACGGAGGAAGAAAGUGAAGAAGAGGAAGGUAGCGAAGAGGGUAGUGACGAGGAUAGUGACGAGGAAGAGAGUAGUGAAGAGGAGGCACCGAGAAAGGUUAUGAUGAGGCCGAUAUUUAUCAAGAAAGAUAAAAGAAACAAUCUUCCUGGGGCUUCUAAAGUUGAGACCAAAACGGAAGAUGAAUUAGCUGAGGCGGAGGAAGCACGGAGGAAGAAGUUGGCAGAUGAAAUAGUCGAGGAACAAAUCAGGAAGGACAUUGCUGCGAGGGAAGCAGGCAAAAAGAAUUGGGAUGAUGAAGAAGAGGAGGAUGAAGUGGAUGAUACAGACGAUAUAGAUCCCGAGGCAGAGCUUGCAGCAUGGAAAUUGAGAGAGCUCAAGAGGAUCAAGAGGGACAGAGAAGCGAUUGAGGAGAAAGAAAAGGAAUUGGAGGAAGUCGAGAGAAGAAAAAAUCUGACGGAGGAAGAAAGGAAGAGAGAGGAUGAUGAGUAUAUCGCGAAGCAGAAAGAGGAGAGAGAAGGGAGGGGAAAGAUGGCAACAAUGCAAAAGUAUUACCACAAAGGAGCCUUCUAUUCGGACGCAUUGGCCGCAGAAGGCUUAGACAAAAGAGAUAUCAUGGGUUCCAGGUAUGCGGAUGAUGUGCAGAAUCGAGAAUUGCUCCCAAAAGCAUUACAGAUGAGGGACAUGACGAAAUUGGGCAAGAAAGGAGCCACAAAGUACAGAGAUUUGAAAUCGGAAGAUACGGGGAGAUGGGGGAACUUUGACGAUAGGGGCCCGAAGAGGGGAGGAAUGGGAAUGGGUGGACCUACAGAGGAUGAAAGAUUCAUGCCGGAUAAAGACAGAGGGGGUGCGAGUGGUGCUAAUAAUGUCCCCGUUGGUGACGAGAGUCGUCGAAAGCGUCAAAGAUUUGAUUAG